AUGUCGAAACAGUGGGCGAGUGGUACAAACGGAGCUUUCAAAAGACAGGUUUCGUCCUUCAGAGAAACAAUCUCUAAGCAACACCCAAUUUAUAAGCCAGCAAAGGGAAGAUAUUGGUUGUAUGUUUCACUUGCAUGCCCAUGGGCCCAUAGAACACUAAUUACGAGGGCUUUGAAGGGAUUAACCUCUGUUAUAGGAUGUAGCGUAGUCCAUUGGCACCUUGACGAGAAAGGAUGGAGAUUUUUGGACAUGGAAAAGCAAUUGGAGGACAGUGAAGAUUUUUUGGAACAUUGGCACGAUGUUGCAGGUGGUAUUAGAACUGCUAAAGAGGAUUCCAGCAAGAGCUUCGCCGAGAUCAAGAAUGACAGUCAAAGAUUCAUGGUUGAUGCUACCAAUGAGCCUCACUAUGGAUACAAGAGAAUCAGUGACUUAUAUUACAAGAGCGAUCCUCAAUACUCGGCAAGGUUCACCGUCCCAGUCCUGUGGGACUUAGAAACCCAAACAAUUGUUAACAACGAAAGUAGCGAAAUUAUAAGGAUUUUGAACUCUAGUGCGUUCGAUGAAUUUGUCGACGACGAUCACAAGAAAACGGACCUUGUUCCUGCUCAGUUGAAAACACAGAUCGAUGACUUCAAUUCUUGGGUUUACGACAGCAUCAACAAUGGUGUAUACAAGACCGGAUUCGCAGAGAAAGCAGAAGUUUACGAAAGUGAAGUCAACAACGUAUUUGAACAUUUGGACAAAGUGGAGAAAAUCCUGAGUGACAAAUAUUCCAAAUUGAAGGCCAAAUACGGUGAAGAAGAUAGACAAAAAAUCUUGGGUGAGUUCUUCACUGUGGGUGAUCAAUUAACAGAAGCUGACAUUAGAUUGUAUACUACCGUCAUAAGAUUCGAUCCUGUGUACGUCCAACAUUUCAAAUGCAAUUUUACCUCUAUUAGAGCCGGAUAUCCAUUUAUUCAUUUGUGGGUAAGAAAUUUAUACUGGAAUUAUGAUGCCUUCAGGUACACAACAGAUUUUGACCAUAUCAAGUUACACUACACGCGUUCCCACACAAGGAUCAACCCCUUGGGAAUUACGCCCCUGGGACCCAAGCCAGAUAUUCGUCCUUUAUAA